GCGCUGCCACCCCUAAGGAGGCCGGCGGCUGCUGCUUCUCAUUCAUUGUCUUGACAAGAGCAUCCUCAGCGGGCAGUCUCUGGCUCCUCCAGCUCCUUCCUUAUCCUUCUGCUCUCCCUCCUCCAUUUGGGGGUCACUCAUCUCAGCAGCAGGAUGAGCCGACAAGUGGUCCGCUCCAGCAAGUUCCGCCAUGUGUUUGGGCAGCCAGCCAAGGCCGACCAGUGUUAUGAGGAUGUGCGCGUCUCGCAGACCACCUGGGACAGUGGCUUCUGUGCUGUCAACCCCAAGUUCGUGGCCCUCAUAUGUGAGGCCAGCGGGGGAGGGGCCUUCCUGGUGCUGCCCCUGGGCAAGACUGGACGUGUGGACAAGAAUGCGCCCACGGUCUGUGGCCACACAGCCCCUGUGCUGGACAUCGCCUGGUGCCCGCACAAUGAUAACGUCAUUGCCAGUGGCUCCGAGGAUUGCACAGUCAUGGUGUGGGAGAUCCCUGACGGGGGCCUGGUGCUGCCCCUGAGGGAAGCUGUCGUCACCCUGGAGGGCCACACCAAGCGCGUGGGCAUCGUAGCCUGGCACCCCACAGCCCAGAAUGUGCUGCUCAGUGCAGGUUGUGACAACGUGAUCCUGGUGUGGGAUGUGGGCACUGGGGCCACCAUGCUGAUGCUGGGCACGGACGUGCACCCGGAUACAAUCUACAGUGUGGACUGGAGCCGAGACGGUGCCCUCAUCUGCACCUCCUGCCGCGACAAGCGUGUGCGCAUCAUCGAGCCCCGCAAAGGCACUGUUGUAGCUGAGAAGGACCGCCCCCACGAGGGGACCAGGCCUGUGCGCGCUGUGUUUGUAUCAGAUGGAAAGAUCCUGACCACAGGCUUCAACCGAAUGAGUGAGCGGCAGGUGGCGCUGUGGGACAUGAAGCACCUGGAGGAGCCUCUGUCCCUGCAGGAGCUGGACACUAGCAGUGGCGUCUUACUGCCCUUCUUUGACCCCGACACCAACAUUGUCUACCUCUGUGGCAAGGGUGACAGCUCUAUCCGGUACUUCGAGAUCACUUCUGAGGCCCCAUUCCUGCACUAUCUCUCCAUGUUCAGUUCUAAGGAGUCCCAGCGUGGCAUGGGCUACAUGCCCAAACGUGGCCUGGAGGUGAACAAGUGUGAGAUUGCCAGAUUCUACAAGCUGCACGAGCGGAGGUGUGAGCCCAUUGCCAUGACAGUGCCUAGAAAGUCGGACCUGUUCCAGGAGGACCUGUACCCACCCACUGCAGGGCCGGAUGCUGCCCUCACAGCUGAGGAGUGGCUGGGGGGUCGGAAUGCCGGGCCCCUCCUCAUUUCCCUCAAGGAUGGCUACGUGCCCCCAAAGAGCCGGGAGCUGAGGGUCAACCGGGGCCUGGAUACUGGGCGCAGGAAGACAGCACCAGAGGCCAGUGGCACUCCUAGCUCGGAUGCUGUAUCCCGGCUGGAGGAAGAGAUGAGGAAGCUCCAGGCCACUGUGCAGGAGCUACAGAAGCGCUUGGAUAGGCUGGAGGAGACAGUCCAGGCCAAGUAGAGGACCCCAGGGCCUUCAGCUGGGACCCAUGGCAUCACCACCUUCCCUUCCAUUCAUACUCCCUACUCCUCAGGCCACAAUGGCACAUAAAA